GCUCGAUGGAGUAAGAAUCAUGGUGAGUGGGCGCUGUUGGGUCGUGUCGAAAAUUUUACACCAGUGAUGAAAAAUGAGUCAGUGAUAACCGUGACUGCGGCUCAUACUUAUCUCCGUCAACACUUCAACCUUCCAGGCAUUGAUUGUGACCUUUAAAAUGUCAGAACAAUCACAUCAUCGUCAUCAAACUCACAAGUGCAGUCCAUAUAUACCAUUCUACCGACUCUCCAAGACCUAGUGAGCCUUAUCAUGUCAUCGCGUCAACCUGGAGGUCGAACCUCGCGGCCAUCUCCACCUCAUCAGCAUUUCACAACCCCAUCUACCUAUUCUCAAGGACUUACGAGUCUAAUUUCUCCGACUACACUACGCCAACCAUCCUCGAGUGCCCGGACUUCCACUUCUAUGUCAUCGCCGCUAUCUGUAGUAGGACGAGGGGCCACUCAAGCGACUCCAUCGAGUUCCUAUCCAAUGGCCAUCCGGAAUGAGCAUGAUUUCUCUCUUGCGUUGUCUAUCCAGGCUGCGCAAGGCGAUAGAAGGGAAUGCCCCUGGUACGGGGUGUGGUCCAAAGUCUUGGAAAGAUAUAUAUUUCGUGAUGCGGAUGGAUCACGAACAGCGUGUACAUGCGUUCCGCAGUAUUCCCUCGUUGCAUCCCAUGAUUCAAGUCGCUUGCCGCAGAGUGGUAACUCUGGUUGGUCUGACAUAGCCAUGGGCAGCCCUUCGCCAGAUCGUCAUUUGAUGACUCCAGGGAGCCCCCUUCCUGGACCACCCUCAGUGCCAUACAACCAUACCCCAUUAAGUCCUCGAUCACAGGCGAUUUUCGGAGGACCGCUGCCUCCCUUGACACCUAGCCCUUUACUCCCAGCCUUCUCGUAUUGUGUACCGCAGCCCGAAAGUCCUAUUACACAGCAUGUCACUCGUUUGCAAGCUCUUCAUGCUAGAGAUGAUUCCAACUUUCCUGUCAGCGCCCGUCCGCUGCCUCAAUCUUCGUCGUUGCCAUAUCCAUAUCCAUCAGACGGUAUUCCCCCAGUAACUCCACCCAGACCGACCACUAGAUCGUCAGAUGCAUCGUCCAGAAUUCCGGACUUUGUGCAAAUACUCGAGCAUGCACAACAGCCCUUCCCCGCUGUUCCUGGUCAUGUAAUCCGCCGGGUUAUUAUGAUUGUUGAGAUCAAACCAGAGCUACCUGCUGGCAGUAAAUUCCAUUGGGAAUAUAUCUGGGAUAAUCAAGUGCAGGAGCAGGUUCUUCAUGCAUUUGAGGCUGAUCGUACUCUGAAAUACCUGGGAGUCAUCAUAGCUGCUGGUCGUCAUUGGGUGUAUGGCACUGUGCGCCGUGGCUCGCUAGUUCCUCGUACAAUGUCGGAGACGCGUGAUCCAACCUUCCCCGGCACUAGACUACCAGUGCCAUCAUCUGAUGGUUCGACGGUAGAGGAGUGGCCUGGUAUCCAACCCUUUUUUCUCAGAUUGCAAAGGCCCGACUUUCUCCCAAAACAAAAACAAGGCGAACCUAAAACCAUGCAUAUAUUUAAGCUCCUGGACGCCGAGGGAGAGUCCCUCAGAGCCUUUCAAGAAAUUUUAAAAGAUAUGCGCCGUAAUAAUAGUGAUAUUUGGGACUAGGGCAUCUUGAUAGCGUGGUCAGGAGGGGACGGGCUGGUAUUAUCACGAGGUGGAAUAUCGAAAGUGGGGAUAUAACGAUGUAGUGUACAACAUCAGAUAGAAUGUUCAAGUUGCAAAUACAAAUCUUGUGGUCAUUUUUUGGGAGAAUGAGUGUGUAAGCUAGCUGACGAGAUUCGGGUGAGAAGCUAAUAUGAAG